AUGGUAGAGAUUUUUAAGAUGAGUGAUCUAGGAUUACUCAGUUAUUGCCUAGGCAUUGAGGUGAAGCAAGGUGUAGAGGGAAUCACUCUGUCUCAAGGAAGUUAUGCUAGAAAGAUCCUUGAGAAGGCUGGCAUGGAGGAGUGCAAUCCAUGUGAAGUGCCUAUGCAAGCAAAGCUGAAGCUAAGUCAGAAGAGUGAAAGCCCUCGAGUUGAUGCUACUGAUCAAUAUAGGAGCUUGGUUGGAAUUGGGUAUGUGAGCAUAUUCAUGGAGGAGCCUCAUGAGGAGCAUCUAGCAGUAGUGAAACACAUUCUAAGAUACAUUACUGGGGCUAGUGAUUUGGGGCUCAAGUAUGCAAGGAAGAAAGGAGAUGAGCCUUUACUUCUGGGUUUCAGUGAUAGUGAUCUGGCUGGGGAUGUUGAUAGCAGGAAGAGCACUUCUGGAGUCAUCUUCUUCCUUCGAGACAGUCCAAUUAGUUGGUAG